UGAUGUCCGUGUCAGCAGCUUUCUCUCUCUCUCUCUCUCUCUUAUACUUUAAUAAAAUUCUGUUACCCAAAAGGUUCCAGUGGGGAAGCCUCGUCUCUUGCCCUGGAUCGAAUUCCUCUCCUCCAGAGACCACGAAUCCCGGCAUAGCACACAGCUCACAGCAGGAACCUGUCAGGUCUUUCCAGAAGUAAUCAAUCUAGAACAAGGUCGUUAGGUGGGCCCUAAUCCAAUAUGCCUGGCAUUCUUACCAAAAAGGGAAGUGCAGACACAGAGACACACAAAUACACAAGAGAGACUGCGUGGAGGCACACAAGGAGUAGAUGACCGUGUGAUCGGAGUGAUGCGUCUAUAGGACAAGAGGUGCCUGAGGCCACCAGAAACCAGGAGAGGGGCAUGGAACACAUCCCUCCCUAGCACCUUCAACAAGAGCAUGACCUGGUUGACACCUUGGUUUUAGACUUCUGGCCCUCAGAACUGCAAGGCAAGAAAUUCUUAUUGUUCUGAGCCACACGGUUUGUGAUACUUUGUUACAAGAGUCCUAGGAAACAGGCUUUCUGUACUUGGGAGUGGAGUGCUAUUAUAAGAAACAGCUAAAAAGACAUGAAGUGACUUUGGAAUUGGGCAGCAGGCGGAGGCUGGAGAAAUUUGUAGGUGCUUGAUAGAAAAAGUCUAGCUUGCCUCAAAGAAACAGGUGGGAGAAAUAGGAAUAACUGUUUUUGCUGAGGUCUCAGCUACCCUUCCCAGGUGACGCUAGUGGUAAAGAUUCCUCCGGCCAACGCUGGAGACUCGAGUUCCAUCCCCGGGUCAAGAAGGUCCCCCAGAGAAGGAAAGGGCAACCCACUCCAGUUUUCUUGCCUGGAGAAUCUCACGGACAGAGGAGCCUGGCGGGCUCCAGUUCAUGGGGUUACAAAGAGUCGGACAGGACUGAAGCGAAUUAGCACACAGCACUGGCCAAAGAAAGAAGUGAAUUCUAGGUAUUUCCUAAAAGAACUAGAAGAUUUAGAAAAGCUAAUUUAAUCUUAAUUUCUGAAUAAUGAUUUACUGAUUGAAUUUAACACAUGAUGAAUAAGAGAAAUUAACAGCUUUAGAUAUUUUUACCCUGCACAAUGUUCGGUAUAACUAGGUAUUUAAUAAGCAUAGCAUAUCAUGACGAAAAUCAUUAAAGACAACUAACUUCCUAGUUCUCUUCCAUCCAACCCCCGGUGCUGACCACGUCACCUUGAAUGGGACUGUAUUGUAACAGGGGUCGUUCGAGGACGUCCCUGUGGACUUGAGCAGGGAGGAGUGGCCACACGUGGACCCUGUACAGAGGUGCCUGUACCAGGAUGUGACACUGGAGACCUACAGCCAACUGUGCGCAGUGGGGAAAUGGGAUUACUUUCCUGAAGAGCAAAGAGAAGCGUGGUUUGAAAGGCCCUGAAACCCAAUUAACUGGACCCAAUCCUGUAUCGUGUCCUGUUCACAGGGAACCAAGUUCCCAAACCAGAGGUCGUCAUCGAGCUGGAGCAAGGAGAGGGCCCAUGGACAUUGGAGGAGGAAACCCCACAUCACAGCUGCUCAGAUGUGUGACCUGAGUAGAUGGGGGACGUGGAGUAGAUCUGUUUUUCUAGGACAGGCUGAUGCCUUUGAAAGGCUCUGCAGAUAAUCUGUCUUGAACGUUCUAAGAGCGCCCGUGAUUCCUUUCCCAGAGUUCUCUGCGUCAGGAAGCGCCUUCCUGGAACUCCGGGCAUUUUGUGUUGGCUGCAGCCGUUGUAACAAGAUGGCAGCGUCCGCGGAGUGACCAGGGGUCCUUCCUGGCAGGAGCCGGCGGCAGUGGUGGUAGCGGUAUCGCCGCCGUAACUUCACGGCUGUCCUGUACCAGCCCCCGAAGUCGCCGCGAAGGCGAGGCCGCUAACGGAUGGCGAGCAGCAGUGGACCCAAGGCCGAGUUCCUUGUCAGAGGGAGAUAUAAACUGGUAUGGGAGAUCGGUUCUGGCUCCUUUGGGCAAGUUCAUUUGGCGAUAGACCUCACCAACCACGAGCAGGUGGCGGUAAAACUAGAAUCGCAGACUGCCAGGCAGCCCCGAUUGUUACAUGAGAAGGAACUCUAUAAUAUCCUUCAAGGUGGGGUUGGCAUCCCCCAGAUACGGUGGUAUGGUCAGGAAACAGGCUAUAAUGUGCUAGUCAUGGAUCUUCUGGGACCCAGCCUUGAAGAUCUCUUCAAUUUCUGUUCAAGAAGGUUCACCAUGAAAACUGUACUUAUGUUAGCUGAUCAGAUGAUCAGUAGAAUCGAAUAUGUGCAUACACAGAAUCUUAUACACAGAGACAUUAAACCACAAAACUUCCUAAUGGGUACUGGGGAGCAGUGGAAGGAGUUAUUCCUUAUUGAUUUUGGUUUGGCCAAGAAGUACAGAGACAACAGAACAGGGCAACACAUACCCUACAGAUCCGGUAAAAGUCUCACUGGCACUCCUUCCUUUGCUAGUAUCAGUGCCCAUAUUGGUAUUGAACAGAGUCGCCGAGAUGACAUGGAAUCAAUAGGACAUGUCUUGAUGUAUUUUAAUAGAGCCAGCCUGCCAUGGCAAGGCCUAAAGGCUGCAACAAUGAAGCAAAAAUGUGAAAAGAUUAGUGAAAUGAAGAUGAACACACCUGUUGAUGUUUUAUGUAAGGGAUUUCCUGUAGAAUUUGCCAUGUACUUCAAGCACUGUCGCGGGCUGUCCUUUGAGGAAGCCCCAGAUUACACGUACCUGAGGCAGCUGUUCCGCAUUCUUUUCAGGAGCCUGAAUUACCAAUAUGACUAUGCAUUUGAUUGGAUAGUGUUAAAGCAGAAAGCAGAACAGCAGGCUGCCUCUUCAAGUGGGGAGGGUCAGCAGGCCCAAACCCCCACAGGCAAAAGUGACAAAACCAAAAGUGAAAUGAAACGUUCUUAAAUUUGAAUCAAGGAACAGAAGACAGAGCAGAAGAUGAGCAGCAAAUUCAUUUCCCUGUCAACUGGCUCUGGUCAGCAGAGAUACUGUCUCCUGAGUUGAAGGCUCUGUGAUUAAUUAAAUAUGGUAUCCAGUUUUCUAUUUCACUUUUUGAAGUGGAAAAGUUCACUAAAUGCUUGACACACACAAAUUGGUGGGAAAAUUGUACCU